AUGACUCCAGAAGUACUUCUCGAAGUUUUUCGGAUUUCCUGGGCGAAAGAAACGGCGAAAAAGAAACGGGAGAAGCGAUUACUCGAAGGAGGAAUACCCGCAGAGAAAAUACGAGGAGACGACGACGACGACGAAGAAGAAGAAGAAGAAAAUGGAGAUUCAGAUUCAGAAGAAAUGAACAUCACGGACGAAGCGUUGAUCGCGUCGAACGCGGUGAUGAAUUCGUUUUUGAGAGAAGUCGUGCACAGAGCUGCCGCAGCUGCGGAGGAGGACGGGGAUAGCUCGGUGACUGGAGUUCAUUUGGAACGAAUAUUACCUCAGUUGCUUUUAGAUUUCACUUCGUGA